GACUUUUGCUCAUCUACUCUCACCAUGAAAUCCGUUUCUGCUUUCUUGUUAGCUUUCCUAGUGUCAGUCACCGCGGCCAAUCUCAUCACCGAUGCCGGACAUCGUAAACUUGAAGAAAGCAGCAGGUGUACUAGCAAGACCCUGAAUUUCGACCAGUUCAGUGCCGGAGAUCUUAUCACGAAUGAAAAGUUGAAGCAAGAGUUCAAGUCACUAGAGAUCUCUGUGAAACCCGAUGGAAGGUGUGCGUCUGGUAGUUUGGCCCGAAUUUUCGACACCGAAAACCCGACCUGCGAAGAUGAUGACUUGAAGACUAGUGGGGAAGGCAUGGCGGCCAUUAUCCAGGACAAAGGAGAUUGCGCUCCGAAUGACUGUCGAUUUGGAGGCGAAAUGAUAUUCUCCUGGAGCAGCAAGGUAACCCUCAACUCCAUUCGUCUCUUGGACCUCGACCAAUCAGUGGCUAUUAAAUUAUUCAGUGGGGAUACGAAUGUGGCUACCAUCAAUACCCCAAAACUUGGAGACGGCCAGCACCAGACUUUCACCAUUGGCAAAUCUGAUAUCACUAAGAUGGUGUUGGUUCACUCAGGAUCUGGUGCAGUUGCAGAAGUUGAUUACACAACUUGUGGCCCUGGCGCCAACGGAGAUCCUCACUUUCACACAUGGACUGGGCACAAAUUCGAUUACCACGGGCAGUGUGACCUUGUCUUUAUGAAGGCUCCCUCUUUUGAGGGUAGGGGUCUCGAGAUUCACGUGCGCACCGAGCAGCGCUACUUCUUCUCUUUCAUUAAAACGGUAGCAAUGAAGAUUGGAGAUGAUUUACUGGAGUUUGGAUUCGAUCAAGUGCUCCUGAACGGUAGCCCAGCUCACGAAGGUUUGGCAUCGGGCAGCAGCUUCGACUUUGCGGGAUACCCUGUGUCGUUCCACGACGAGCCCAUGCCCAACGGCCGUCCACGUAAGCUCUACCGUGUCCACACUCCCCACGAUACCGUCGACAUCAAGGUUUUCAAGCAGCUGAUGGCCAUAGAGAUCGAGGAUGCGUCUCACGUCAAUUUCAUUGAUUCGGUCGGUAUCACGGGCGACUACAACUCUGGCUUGAUGCUUGGCCGUGAUGGUGUCACUGUUUUAUCGGAUCCUAGCGACUUUGGUCCGGAGUGGCAAGUCACCAGCGACGACCCCAGCUUGUUCAGUUCUGUUCAGGCUCCCCAGUUCCCUGAGAAGUGCUGGGAAGCCGCGGCUAUUGAUAAGGUCCGCCAUUUGCGUAAUGGAGUGUCGCAGGUGCAAGCGGAAGAGGCCUGUGCUAUCUUGGGAGAAAAUGCUGACAUUGAAGACUGUGUGUUUGACAUUAUGGCCACCGGAGAUAUCGAGAUGGUCGGUGCGCACCUUUAA